CGGAACCAGGACCUGGUGACGUCGGUGGGCGACUGUGUUUCAGUCAGUGAAGAAAAAGAAAUGGCGAUGCUCGGAGGCUUCAGCGCCGCACAGCACAAGAAAAACGUCUCGGACGGCGGCAGCGACGUGUCGGAGUUCGUGUGUCCGGUGUGUCUGGAGAUCUUCGACUGUCCCGUCAAAACACAAUGUGGACAUACGUUUUGCCAGAGUUGUCUGCAGGAGUGUUUGCGACCACAGAAGCCCGUGUGUGCCGUGUGUAGGGCCACACUGGGCCACUGGACUAAAGCUGCCGAUCUCGAGGCACUCAUCCAAUCAUCCGUAGCGACCUGUAAGGGAUGCGGCGCGCAGAUUGGCCUUUCUCAGAUGAGAAGCCACACAGCUGCUUGUUCAAAAUACCAGGACUACAUCGAGGAGGGAGUGAGGACCACUGCGCAGAGCCAGCCUGCCAUCAUCAGUCCAUUGCCAAAUCGCUACACGUUCACCUGCCCUUACUGCAGCUGCCAGAACCUGGACCAGGACGGCCUGGUCGAACAUUGCACUUCCCAGCACUCCAGAGACGCACGCCAAGUUGUGUGCCCCAUCUGUGCCUCAAUGCCCUGGGGCGACCCUAAUUACAGGAGCGCAGACUUUCUCCAGCACCUGAAGAUCAGACACACCUUCUCUUAUGAUACCUUUGUUGAUUACUCCACAGAUGAGCACACAAUGAUCCAGGAGGCGCUACAGCGCUCCCUUCUGGACAACUGAAGCACGAGGAGAAAUGAAGCGAUAUAGUGAAGUCUUGAGAAGACGCAACACACUUAAAUCAUCAUUCAUCUGUCAUGAGGAUGGUGGUACUGUAUUACUACUAUGGGUAAUCGGUUUCACAGGGAAUUGGUUCUGUAACUAUGACUCUCUAUAGGAUAAUUAAUCAGAUAAUAAAUCAAGCAAUAUGGCUUAAAAAAGCAUAUUGUGCCAUCUGAUUUAGGAGUGAUGCCGUGUUUCUGGUGUAAUAAUCUCUAAUACCCCCCCACCCCCUCCCAGUGGAGCGUGUAGAAAUGAUAGUUUGUUGAAUAUCUAUUAAAACGAUGUUUAUGAAGCUGUCCGUCGAUGACAUACUGUCAUCAAACUUCCGAAAUUGUUAUUAAACAAAAAGUUCCCCCGUUGUCAAUACUUGAUGUUAUGAAAGGGUUUGACCACUAGGUGGCUAAAUAUUGCCAGCAAACAACGUCACUCGGAGAAGUCACCGGUCAAGUGACGUAAACGAUAAUAUAUAUAAUAAUCUAGAAUGAGUGGUGAUGCAUGUUUAAUGUGAAAAGAAAACAGGAUUUCUUUGUUUUUUUUGAUUAUUAGCUUUUUUUAUGCUGUUUCUGGGUGAAUUUUGUGUGUAUGUGAGAGAGAAAGUGUUUGUGUGUGUGUGUGUUGAUCGUUCUCAGAGAUCUACUGGAAAGAAUAAAUAAUGCAAGGGUCAAACAAAGCCACAGGUGGCUGUUCGCUUUAUUGAGCUGUUUCUCCCUUUUGUCUUUGUGCCUGCUGGUAGAUCUUGUUCCUGACUUCCAAAAAAGAAACAACAACAAAAACAUCCCAUAGGGCUAAUAUAACGUCAUUCAUCCAACACGUGCAUGCAGGAUUGUGUAACAAUUGCUCUGUUUUCUGUUCUUUUCUUCUUUCUUUUUUUUUUUAAUAUUAUGAUGAAUGUCUGUAUGUUUUAUGGCCACAGGAGGGCAGUAGAGCUCCAUCGUUCUGGUUGGACGUUAACCUUCGCCGGCCUCCUGCUUCUGAUAGAACAUAGAACAGAUUUCAUACUUUAACAGUUAGUGUGUUCUUUUCUUUUUAUUUUAUUAUUGUUCUAAUGCAGUCACAAAUUUGGAGAACUUCUCCGAGGGCUGGGUGAUUUGACCUUUAUAAAAACAGAACACAUUUCAUAUUGUUCAAUCUUACGAUAAUUAAUCAAUUCUGAGGCAAAGUAAGCAGCUGUUUGUGCUUCUGCAUCAAAACGGUGUUAUGAUUAUACCAAACGUUUAUUUUUUGCUACUGAAUGGAAUCACACUGCGAUCAUCUAUUAAAUUAUCGCCCAGCCCUAACUCUUAGCAGUCACAUGACUUAAAAUGUGCAGUUCAUUUGCCGUAUCUCAAAAGAAAUGAUCACAAGUUAUUAUUUCUAUGCGUCUGAUGUAGAAAUAGAAAUUGUUGACUCUAUGUUUUUAUUUCAUUUGAUUUGAUUUGAAAUCUUAACAAUGCAGAUGGUGUCUCUUAUUUUAAUUUUAUUAGUGUUUCUGUAAUUGUCACAAGACUUCAGCCACACUGUGCACACACACAGAUCCACAGCAGAACCCUAAAGACUGUUCCCCGUUGUCUGUCGCGGCCACUUAGGCCUAAAUGUUCGUUAUUAUUCUCUCCAGUAAAAUGUGUAAUAAGGUUUUUGGUAUAUGUC